AUGGGGAAGCCGGCGGGUAAAAAGAAAGAUCACGAGGUUCCCGCUCCUGCUCCGAAGGCGAACGGUCACCACCACCCGACAAAAUCAUGGGAAGAAAAACGCAGCGCGUCGUCGUCGUCGUCGUCGAAGAUGUUGGACGAGGACACGGCGAUGUUCAUAAACAUGUCGCACGAACUUCGGGAGGAAGGGAACAGGUUGUUUCAAAAGAAGGACCACGAGGGGGCGAUGUUGAAGUAUGAGAAGGCCCUCAAGCUUCUGCCGCGGAACCACAUCGAUGUGGCGCACCUCCACACGAGCAUGGCCGUGUGCUACAUGCAGCUGGGGUUGGGCGAGUACCCACGCGCCAUCAGCGAGUGCAACAUGGCGCUGCAGGUGUCGCCGCGCUACACGAAGGCGCUGCUGAAGCGCGCGAAGUGCUACGAGGCGCUGAACCGCUUGGACCUGGCGAUGCGCGACGUGCGCGUGGUGCUGAAUUUGGAGCCCAAUAACUCGACGGCGCUGGAGGUUUUGGAUAGCUUGAGGGAGACGAUGGAGGAGAAGGGGAUUGUGAUUGACGAGACGGAGAUCGCUCUCGCCGCACUGAAGCAGCAGCCGGAGCCGCCGGUGGCGCGGCUGAGGAAGGUGGUGAGAGAGAAGAUGAAGAAGAAUAAGAAGGAAGCCAAGGGGGAGGAUGAGGGAAAAGCGAAAAAGGUUAUCGUUGAAGAGAAGGUUAAGGUUGAGAAUUUAAAAAAAAAGGAGAAGGAAAAAGAGAAAUUGGGGAAAGAAGAAAAAGGGAAAUUGGGGAAGGAAGAAAAAGGGAAAUUGGUGAAGGAAGAAAAGGGGAAAUUGGGGAAGGAUGAUAAAGAGAAAUCCGGGAAGGAAGAAAAAGAGAAAUUGGGGAAAGAUGAAAAAGGGGUUGUUACUAGGACUGUGAAGUUGAUAUAUGGAGAAGAUAUUAGAUGGGCGCAGUUGCCUGUGAAUUGUGGAAUUAGGUUGGUGAGGGAUGUGAUAAGGGAUAGGUUUCCUGGAUUGAAGGGUGUUCUUGUGAAGUAUAAGGAUAGGGAGGGUGAUUUGGUUACUAUAACUAAUACCGCUGAAUUGAGGUUGGCUGAGACUUGUCAUGUUCUUGGAUCGAUUCGGCUUUAUGUGACGAAGGUUGAGCCGGAAGAGGAGCCGUUUUAUGAUGAUGGGCUUGUGGGGGAUGGUGGGAAGGUGAAGGUGGCUGAAAAUGGGAAUGGGGGUGUGGGGAAAGGGGUGAAUAGUACUGUGGAGGAUUGGCUUGUGCAGUUUGCUAGGUUGUUUAAGAACCAUGUUGGGUUUGAUUCAGAUGCGUAUUUGGAUAUUCACGGGAUUGGGAUGAAGUUGUACUCGGAGGCCAUGGAAGAUGCAGUGACAAGUGAGGCUGCUCAGGAGUUGUUUAAUAUUGCAGGAAAUAUGUUUCAGGAGAUGGCGGCUUUGGCUUUGUUCAAUUGGGGGAGUGUGCAUAUGUCAAGGGCUAGGAAGAGGGUGAGUUAUCCGGAGGAUGGAUCAAGGGAUUCUUCGUUUGAGUGUCUUCAGGUAGCGUAUGAGUGGGCUCAGAAGGAGUACAUGAAUGCAGAGAAGAGAUUUGGAGAGGCUGUGAAGAUCAAACCCGAUUUUUAUGAAGGGUUUCUUGCUCUGGGGCAUCAACAAUUUGAGCAAGCAAGGCUGUGCUGGUGUUAUUUGAUUGCAACCGAGAAGGAUUUGGAAGCAGGCCACUCGGAUGAGGUUCUGCAGCUCUAUAACAAGGCUGAGGACAGCAUGGAGAGAGGCAUGUUGAUGUGGGAGGAGAUUGAGGAGCGGCGAUUGAAUGGACUGUCCAAAUCGGAUAAGUAUAAAGAGCAGCUAGAGAAAAUGGGGUUGCAUGGUCUUUUCAGGGAUGUUUCUCCUGAUGAAGCUGAUGAACAGGCUGCAAGGAUGAGGUUGCAAAUAUAUCUUUUAUGGGGCACUAUGUUGUAUGAGCGUUCUGUCGUGGAGUAUAAGCUAGGCCUGCCAACAUGGGAGGAAUGUGUAGAGGUUGCAAUUGAAAAAUUUGAACUGGCUGGAGCUUCUUCAACUGAUAUUGGGGUCAUGAUAAAGAACCAUUGUUCUAAUGAAACGGCAAUGGAAGGGUUCAAAAUUGAUGAGAUAGUGCAAGCAUGGAAUGAGAUGUAUGAUGGGUGGCAGUUUGAUGUUCCAUCAUUUCGACUUGAACCGUUGUUCCGUCGGCGUGUUCCAAAACUCCAUUACAUCCUGGAGCAAUUUUGA